CAGAAUGGGGAUAUUUCGUCUCUUCUCGAGGUUGGAGCUCCAUCUCAUCGUCGGCAUCGUCUUGUGCGGAAAGUUUCAUCAGAUCUGGAAGCUUUGUUGCGGCGAUCGAACAUCAGGGAAAAAUCCAGAUCUGGAAUCGAAAUGAAGCGAAUUUGGACGGAUCUGAAUUUUCCUUUUUCCUUUGCUUUGGCUUCUCACGGGCAGAAGAACAGAAGUGGCAACGCAGAAAACAUAGAGGAAAAAGAGAGAGCCGAGAGAAAAAGAAGGGAGAAAAAAGUGGUGCAGAUGUCCGGGUUUUCGCUCCGAUCGACGACCAAACGAGCUUCGAUCGGGAUGAAAUUUUAGUAUGUUGUUCCUGAGAUCCUCUUCUUCAUAUCCAACGGUGGGAUUGUUGUUUUGACCUCCAGAUGUCGGUAAAAUCGCCUCUGUUUACUGCUGCGUUUUUAUUAGGUAUUUCUCAUUUUUUAGUGAAGAUUAUAGUGUUCCAAGUUAUUACUUGAUGAUUGUGUGUACCUCUAAUUGAUUUAGAGAGGAUUCUUGGUGUACCCACUGAUUUUCUUGGUGAUUAGUGGAAGGCUUCGUGGUUUUUUCCCCGGUUUGGAGUUUCCACGUUAAAUCUUUGUGUGCGUAUAUCGAUUGAUUGAUUGCUUGUUGUCAUGUUUGCUAUUUUUGAUCAUUCAUAUGAUUUUGCCCAUUUUGACAACACAAAGACUGAAAAAUUAUUAAUUGCUUUCGCUAGAAAAUUGAGGUGAUUUUCCCCAACAAAAGAAAGCAAUCCACAAUUAGAAUCAGAAAGCAAUCAUUGAACUCCACAAUCAACCCCUAAAAAGGAUGAAGAGGUAUCUGAAGCCACGAACCCGAAUUUGAAUAAUCAAAUCGAUCCGGAUGCGGAAAUGAAGUAUAAAGAACAACAGAAGGAAGAUCAACAGAAGGAGGGGACUAUAUUUGCUACAUCGUUUGCGGAGACUGUUGGUGUUAAGGAAUUAGAGUGGAAGAUCUUAUUCCUGACCUUCCAGAUGAAAUAUAUACUGGCUGCAAAAACUGCUGCAAUUUUUCUCCUUCUCUUCACAGUAGCAAUGCUCAGGAGCUGUGUACAAAUUGCUUCUAUUGUGUCCCCUUCAAAAAGAAAUUGGGUCCAAUCAUAAAUCCUCUUGUAUACCUCCCUAGUAUAAGGGCAAGUACAGAAAAGGUGAUGUCUAUCUUCUUCAGCAUUCUGGCAGAUUAAGAAAGAAGUGUCUACUGGGGAUAAGAAUUUCAGUCUGUAUUUGGUCAAUAUUCUGUCUCUGCAAGUUAGCCAGAACACAAACUUAUGUUUUGGGAUGGAAUAACUAUUCCAGACCAAUUCUGUCCAGUUAUGUUUUUGUUUUUGCCCCAAGAGCCAUUGAUAGCCAACCUCAGGGUUGUAAGGGAUAGUGUCUUCCAUUUCCACAAAGCGGUCUCUCGUUUGCAAUAUCUUUUUCCAGUAAAAACAGUCAUCAUUCCUCUUUGGACAGUCCCAAACAUUAUUGUUCUUCAGAUGUGGAAGUUAAUGGGGUUAAAGUUGCUAAAAUUACUAAAGGAUGUUAUUGAUAAGAGUAAGAGAUUAGGGGAUGGAAUUUCUUUAUCACUUUUGUGUAUGGGCAUAAUGAUGCCAACCUUAGAAGAAGUUUGUGGUCUGAUGCCAACCUUAGAACAGAUGGCAGUCAAUAUUCACAUUCCCUGGUGUGUCAUUGGAGAUUUCAACAACGUUCAGAAUCUUGAUGACAGGUUGGGGGUAAUCUUAUAUCUUUGGAAGAGACCAAGAAAUUCAAACAGUGUAUUGAUGCUUGUGGACUCGUAGAACUACCAUGGAAACUGGAAAGGGGCAUCUGAUCAUUGUCCAUUGUGGGUAAUGUUUGGAAACAAAAUACUGAGGGAAGUUACAUGUUCCAAUUGACUCAGAAGCUCGAAACUCUUAAAUGACAUCUCAAAAAGCUUAAUAAAAGCAAGUUUUCUCAUAUUCAUCAACAAGUUAAUUUAAUUAGAAAUCAGCUGCAUAAAGUUCAGCAGGCAGCCAAGUUUGAUUCUAAUAACAAUAAUGUUGUGGGUCCAACCCACUUUUGCUUUCCAUUUUUUUCUAGGGUGGAGGGCCCAAUGAUGUGUUUCCUUUGUUGACUAUCAAAAAGGAGUAAAGGUGCUGGGCAGCUGGUGCAGCCUGCGUUUUUUGGGUGAUAUUUCUGAUUUUUUCUUCUUUAUUGUUGGUGGCUCUUAUGUAUGUUGUUGUUGGUGAGCCGUGACAUCCUUGUAGACUGAGUUUGGGUGUUUUUACCCUCAAUUUGCAUAAUAAGAGAAGAAGAGGGCGGACUCCCUAUAAGUCCCGUGGUUUUUAUCCUUCACAUCGAAGGGGUUUUCCAUGUAU